GACAAUUCUUGAGAAACUUACUUGUACUUUUGUGUGUAUUUAUAUUUUCAAUUGAAAUUCGAGAGUUGAGAUUUGUUAGGAAGAAUAAUUACAUAGUAAGUUGUCUAGCUCAAUGAGAUGAAUUGAUCUCCCAGCUGUCUUUUUGGCUGGUUCCUCAAUUAUAUUGUAUAAUAGUAGUAGAAGAAGAAGAAGAAGAAGAAGAGAAGAAUCAAUUAACUAAUCUCUCUCUGUUAGAAAUAAAGCAACCACAUUCACAUUCACAUUCACAUUCCCCUCAACCAACAUCAACACAAUCCACAAAAAUGUCUUUCAUCCUCCGUCAAUCCAUCCGAGCUGCUCGUCCAGUCUCCAUCGCCCUCCCCACCACACGUACAUUUGCCGUCUCGAGCAUGCGAGCUUUGAAAGAGAGCGAUAGACAUACCCCAGAAAAAGCUGCGGAUUAUGAACAUCACAAGCAAGAUCAAUUGGCCAAGCAAAAGGAGGGAAAGAAUCACUGGAAACCAGAGUUGGCUAGUGAUAGUGAAGAAGCUGUAGCAGCAGAUCGCCACGAACAUAAUGAUCAUUCCGCAGAGGGAAUUAAGGAAUUACAAAAGAAGACCAAGGGACAUGCCGAGGAGAAACAUAAGUGAGAUGGUCCUUUGUAGUGAGCGAGUUUUUAAAUAUUGUUUAUGUGAGAUGAUUUUUUUUGGUAGUUGUGGGAUUUAGAGAUGUUGGAGUGAAUGGUUUGCUGAUUAUAGUGUUUAGGAAGGGAACGAGUCAGGAUAGUGGAUUGUAGAUUUGGGGUUGAUGAUUGAGAAUUGAGAUGGAGUGAGGGAAGGUUACGUCUUUUUAAAGAUGGGAUGGGGGAGUGGAAAAGGAGAAAGGAGAAGGGGAGAAAAUGGAUUGCAAUAAGAUGAAUGUAUGAUAUGGGUUUAAUGACAGUACCAUUAACA